AUGAAUGAAGAAAAUAAUCAAAUUUUAACUUCUUCACCUAGUCCUAAACCACCACCUUUAAAAAGAAAAAAAAUAUCUGGUUAUGAUAAUGAAUGUUGUACAAAUUUUGAGUAUAUAAAAGUAUCUCAAAAAUGGUCUAUAAAUAAUUUUGGUUUAUUAUUUGAUAUAGGAGAUGAAGAUUUAAUUUUAAAAAGUUCUGUUUUUAAAAGUCCAGAUGCUCCUGACAUUUGUUGGCAGUUACAAUUUAAUCCACAUGGACAUCGUGGACAUUCAUAUGAAGACUUUAAUACUGUUCGUCUCUUCUUAAAUGUCAUAACAACAUCUCCUGGUAGAGAGUUAAAUUUAAAAGUAAGAUGUAAAAUUUUUUUUAAUAGAAAUGGUAGUUAUGGUGGAUAUUAUAAUGUAAAUUCACAUAGUUUUCAUUCAUUAAAUACUAGUAGAUCCCAAAGUACUUGUCUUGCAAGUCUUUCUAGAUCUACAAUUCAUGGUUGUAUAAGAGAUGAUCAAUCUAUACUUAUAAUGGUUGAAAUAGAAUUUUUACUUAAUCCAGAAGAAGUAUUAUGUCAAGAAGUUGUAUCAAAUUUUAAUAGAGAAUUAACACCAAUUGACAGGAAGUAUUUUGAUAGAUUUUUUGAAAUGUAUGAAUCAAAAGAUUUGACAGAUUGUAAAAUUCUUUGUAAAGGUCAAGAAUUUCCUGUUCAUAAAUUUAUGUUAGCUUCACAAAGUUCUGUUUUUAGAGCUAUGUUCAAACAUACUGAUACAAAAGAAGCAAUUAAUAAUAGUAUUAUAAUUGAAGAUUCAACUCCUGGUGCUGUAAGUGAAAUGCUUAAAUAUUUGUAUUCUGGAGAAGUUGUAAAAGAAUUAGAAGUUGAGGAAGGUAUUCAAUUAUUAAGAUUAGCUGAAAAAUAUAUUUUGGGACAACUUAAAAUAAUAUGUGAAGAAAAACUUUCAGCUAAAGUAUCUAAUGAAAAUGUUUGUAGGUUGAUUGAAGAAGCUGAUAUAUAUAAUGCUGAAAAUUUAAUGGAUGCAUGUAUGCAAAAGAUCUCCAAAUUUCACAAAAUAAUUUUAAAAAUGGAUGAAUGGUCAGAAUUAAAGAUGGCACGCCCAAUAUUGGCUAAUAGUGUUUUGGAAUGUAUUAUUUCAGGUGAACCAUCACCAAUAAAAGAUGAAGCAGCAGAGUAUUAA